UUUACGGCCGGAGCCCCGGUAGUUCGCAUGGCGUCUGCGGAGGAAGCCCUGGAGGGAUUGGACGGAGCCUCGCUGGAGGAGCUAAUGGAGAAGAGCUUCGUGGAAGAGCCGCUGGCGGAAAGGUUUCCAAAGAAAAUGAUCGGCUUCCCGGAUACUGUACUCCAAAGAGGUUUGAACAACAGAUACUGUGUUGUACAUGUUCAGGAUGACGAAGAACGUGAGAAACGUCUGACAAUUGUUUCUUCAAUGCUUGACGAUUCAGAGAGAGAGUUGUGCAUCCUUCAGGAUGACUGGAUUUCUGUUCCAGUCCAGCCUGGAGAUAUAAUUCACUUAGAAGGAGAGUGCAAUUCUGGUAUCUGGAUAAUAAAUGCUGAUUCAGGAUACCUAAUUCUGUAUCCAGAUGUGCUACUUUCUGGUACAACUGUAUCAAAUAGCAUUCAGUGCAUGAGAAGAGCUGUACUGAGUGAAAAGUUCCGGAAAUGUGAACGUACUUCACGUGCAAUGCUGAUAGGCACAAUUCUACAUGGAAUUUUCCAGAAAGCGGGAAUAAAUUUUACACAGGAGAAACUGAAAGAAAUUGCUUUCUCAGCUGUUCAUGGACCAAAAUAUCUAAAAGAACUGUAUCAGUUAAAUCUAGAGCAAAAGGAUAUAAUUCAUGAGAUUGAGGAAUACUUACCAUCUUUUAUUAAAUGGGCAGAAGUCUAUACAUACAAACACAGCCAAAAUAAUGUGCAGUUAAAACCACUAGGUUCUAAGUCCUGUUAUAAUGUCAAGGUUACAGAAAUCCUGGAUGUUGAGGAGAAUAUCUGGUGCCCCAGGUUUGGCUUAAAGGGCAAGAUUGAUGUUACAGCUGGAGUAACCAUUCAUGAAAGAUCUAAAACUCAGACCAGAAUAAUGCCACUGGAGCUUAAAAGUGGAAAAGAAUCUAACUCUGUAGAGCAUAGAAGUCAGGUAAUUUUGUACUCCUUACUGUGUCAAGAAAGGCGAGUUGAUCCUGAAGGUGGAUUUCUCUUAUAUCUGAAAACAGGCAAUAUGAUUCCUGUAGUAGGAAGUCGUAUGGAUAGGAGAGAACUGAUUAAACUGAGAAAUCAGCUGGCCUUCUAUUUUAUUCACAACACAUAUAAAUCUAUAGGAAAAAAGCAAACACAACUUGCCCCUCUACCUCCUUUGAUUAAUGAUAGCCAAGCUUGUAGCUAUUGCUCUCAGAAGCAAAAUUGUAUACUUUAUAGUAGGGCCGUAGAACACCAGAAAGAUGUCUUAAUACCUCCAGAUAUGGUGGCUGCUACUGAAAAGGAGAUUUGUCAUUUAAAGCCUUCUCACUUGGAAUAUUUCCACCUGUGGUAUCUAAUGCUAACUUUGGAGUCACAGUAUAAAGAUGGGAAAAAAGGGCGUAAAAAUAUAUGGAUGCUGUCUGCUGCAGAAAGAGAAAAACAUGGGGACUGCAUUGGAAAUAUGAUCAGAAUGGAAAAUGUAGUAGAAGUUUCGGAUGGACAGUAUCUACACUGGUUCCAGCGUAGAGAUGAUUGUGUGCCAAUCACAACUUUGAUGGUUGGGGAUAGAGUUGUUCUAAGUGAUGAAGACCACAGUUUGCUUGCCUUAUCUACUGGUUAUAUUCAGGAGGUCAAUAGAACCAAACUUUCCUGCUUAUUGGAUAGGAAUUUAUCUCAUCUCCCUGGGGAUACUGUGUAUAGAUUAGAUCAUGAGGAAGGAGCACUUGGCAUAGAAGCUCCUUUAGCAAAUCUUUCUAAAUUAAUGGAAAAUUCUCCUGCCAGUGAAAAGCUUCGUAGCUUAAUAGUAGACUUCUACAAGCCACAAUUUGUUCAAUACUUGAGUUCUGUUCUUCCUCCAGAGGCAAAGGGCACGGUGGCAAACAUUCUGAAAGGAUUGAAUAAACCCCAGAAACAAGCAAUGAAACAAGUUCUCCUUUCAAAGGAUUACACCCUUAUUGUUGGCAUGCCUGGAACGGGAAAGACUACGACGAUUUGUGCUUUGGUUCGGAUUCUUUAUGCUUGUGGCUUCAGCGUUCUCUUAACUAGUUUUACCCAUUCAGCAGUUGACAAUAUCCUACUUAAGUUAGUCAAGUUCAAAGUGGGAUUUUUGAGGCUAGGAAGAGCUCAGAAGGUUCAUCCAGACAUAAAGAGGUUUACAGAAGAAGAGAUCUGCAAAUCAAAGUGUAUUAAAACUGUGGCUCAGUUGGAGGAAUUAUACCAAAGUCAGCCAGUCAUUGCAACAACAUGCAUGGGAAUAAACCAUCCAAUCUUCACUCGUAAACGUUUUGACUUCUGCAUAGUGGACGAGGCUUCUCAGAUUAGCCAGCCCAUCUGCCUUGGCCCUCUUUUCUAUUCACUUCGAUUUGUGCUGGUGGGAGACCAUCAGCAGUUGCCUCCACUUGUGCAAAACCCAGAAGCAAGAGAACUUGGCAUGAGUGAAAGUUUAUUCAAAAGGCUGGAACAAAAUAAGAAUGCUGUUGUGCAUCUAACUGUCCAGUACCGAAUGAACAGUAAAAUUAUGUCAUUGAGCAACAAGCUGGUGUAUGAUGGUAAACUGGAAUGUGGCUCUGAAAAGGUGUCCAGAGCUGUCAUUGACUUGCCUAACUUAAAAAAACUAAAACUGGAAGAGUCUUCAGAAUCGUGGCUAAAAGAAACACUUGAUCCAAAUAAUCCCGUUUGUUUUCUUAACACUGAGAAGGUUGAAGCCCUAGAACAGACAGAAAAAGGCUGUAUAAGUAACAUGACUGAAGCCAGACUGGUGUUCUUCCUCACAUCCAUAUUUUUAAAGGCUGGUUGUAAACCUUCAGAUAUUGGAGUCAUAUCUCCAUAUAGACAUCAAUUGAAGAUCAUUACAGAUUUGAUGGCAGGCUCAUACCUCGCUGAUGUAGAAGUAAAUACUGUGGACAGAUACCAGGGGAGAGACAAGAGUGUAAUUAUAGUAUCCUUUGUAAGAAACAAUGUGGAUGGAAAUGUUGGAGAACUUCUGAAGGACUGGAGACGUCUUAAUGUUGCCAUUACAAGAGCCAAACAUAAGUUAGUUAUGCUGGGCUGUGUACCAUCCCUUUGUCUCUAUCCUCCUCUAAAGAAAUUACUUCAUCAUCUGAAGAAUGAAGCUAUGAUUUUCAAUAUUCCUUUAGGAGCAUAUGAACAUGUUUUACAUUGUAAACUCUUAUGAUAAACAAACACUGAGGAGAAUCUUCACUAAUAUGAAGCAGAUACACUGAAUUCUGCCAGAAGGUGCUAAACUGGAUUGUUCCAGCUUGUUGUUUUACAUACUAAUAAUGCCUUAAAUAACUAUUUGGACAUUUUAAAAAUAGAGCUUAAAAGUAUUAUCUUGGUAUAUCUAUUUGUAUUUUUCCCAUUUUGAGAAAUAGUAUCUAUCUAAUUGAGUAUUUUGAAUUCUUUUGAUCAAUAUUUUGUGCUUACAAAUGAGUAGCUUUAGCUGUCUAUACAAAAAUCUUGAAAGUACACAAAUUCUACAUCUCACUUUAGUUAAGCAUGACCCCAAAGCUCUACUGUUAAAAUUGGUUUGAUUGUGGUAUGUCUUCUUCUAUGCCAGAACUAUUCCAAGAAACCUAGAUAUUGUUGUUUGAAAGCCUGAUCACUACUUAACUAUGAUUCCCUCCCCCUCCUAUUUAUUUGGCACUGCAAUGAUGCAAUUUUAGUAAGGAUGUUUGAAAUGCUAUUUUCUAAUGCUAACAUAAUUUUGGGGGGAAACUGUGCACCUUGAGCUCAUUGCACGCUCUAAUGCCAUUUACUGAAGCUGUAUUAAUUCAAUUUUAUGUGCAUGGAAAUAUACCCUACACUAAAGCUACCUCUUGGAUGAUGAUGUUUUACUUUCCUUUGGAUUUGAUUGUUGUAUCAAGCUCCAAACGGCACUAAAAUCAAAUUCUUUUUUACGUAUAUUUUUGUAAUAUUUUUAAACUCAUGUAUUGAAUAUUUUAAAA